UCAAUCAUCACCUCUAAGAGUCCAGCCCCUCUCAUACAACUCAUACUUCUCCAAAUCCUGGAGAUUAGCAAUUUUUUCAUUAAUAUCCCUAAAACCCCUUUCUUUUUUUUAUUUUUUUUAUUUUAUGAGGGGUUCAUUUAUUGUUUAAAUUAGUUGUGAUCUUCCAUGCCUGCUUUCUUGCAUUAAUUUAUGUCGCAUAGGCUAGUGAAUUGAUCAAGAUUUUAAUGUUUUUGAAGAAAUGGGGAUGAAGAUGUCAUUUGUGGAUUGUUGAUGGGGUCUAAUAAUAACAAUAUAUGUCACGUCAUCCCACUGAUGUCUUGGUUGUUAUUGUUAUUGUUGUCAUUAAACAUUGCACGAGGAUCAAGCCAUACGUUAGAUCGAGACUCAUUGGAUUCAUUCAUUCAUAAUUAUGCAAUCAAGAAUAUGUCGAAACGAUACACGGGUAAAUUGUAUGAUAUUCCCCUUCCUACAAAUUUUUCAGGCAUGGAAAGUUCAAUUGUUCGCCUUAGAAGUGCAAGUUUUUGGAGAAGAGGGGCUAAUUUUAGCUUCUUUAAAAUCCCACACGGAGUAUUACCAUGGCCUUUUGUUAAGAGAUUUGACAUAAUCUAUGAAAAUCUUGGCAAUUUGUCAUCUAAAUACUAUGAUGUCACAAAUUACACAUUUGUAACUCCUGUUAUAGGCUUUUUAGCAUAUGAUGCAACAAGAAGCAGAGAAAAUUUUGGAAUGGUUGAGCUCAAUACCAUGGAAAAUCACAUUUUGAUUCAUUUCCCACAAGACUACAACAACAACUACAAGAAGAAUGUGACAAUGAAAUGUGUUAGAUUUGUGACAAAUGGAGCCAUAGAAUUCAGCAAUGUAACAAUGAACAACACGUGUAUCUCGCGAGGACAAGGCCAUUUCGCCAUAGUGGUUCCUUCAUUGAAGCCAGAGGAGACAAAAGGGGGGAAAUGGAAAUGGUGGGUAAUAGGAUUUGGAGUAGGAAUUGUUGGAUUAAUAUUGUUGAUUGUUAUUGGAACUUUGAUAUGCAAAUGUGUUAUGCUAAAAAAGAGAGGAAAUAUGGAGAGACAAUCUGAAAAAAGUGAGGCUUUGGAUGCAGUUUGGGUUGGGAAUAGCAGAAUGCCUUCUGCUUCAGGUAUCAGAACUCAACCAGUUCUUGAAAAUAGUUAUGUUCCUUGAUUCAAUUUUCUUUUCAACUUUGUUGGUUUUCACAUUUUUCAAUUUUUGUCUUCUUUCCAUUUUUAAGGUGUAUAUACAUUCAUGUCUCAUCAAAAUUUAGGAAAUCAAUGUAGUUUCUUGAAAUUUUUGGCAUAAUUCAAACACCAAAACACCCUCCA